UCAUUCCCAUCCAUUCCCCCCCAUUCAUUCAUUCAUUCAUUCAUUCAUUUCAUUACUCAGUCCAAAACAUCUCUCAAUUUAUUCAGUUAUUCUUUCUUACUCAUUCCAAUUUUUUCGCAGAUUUUUCUCAAUCCUUAUCCAAUUUUCAAACCCUCCCUUCCUUUAUAUAUAUAUUCCCCAUCUCUAGCGGUUUCAAUUGCAGGUUGGGCACCUGAUAAUCCAUUUUUUGCAGACAAUUGUACUGCAAAGAGAUGGAAGUCACGGGAGGUUAACGCUCAUUUUUAUGGACUUGUCAGGUACUUGGGAAAUGUGUGAGGGUAAAAGCACUUCAAGAAAAUCGAAAUCGAAUAUCAGCCUGGUCUGGGCCAAGAAGCCGAACUCUAAUAGAAUUAGUGAAAGUGGUAUGGAAUUUGAAUCUUAUUGGAUGAAGCACAGAAAAUCGUCGGCCUUUGCAGCACAAGAUAUCCACUUUGCGACAUCGUUUAUGCCUUGGUCUUGUAGAAUCCCCAUUGGCGAAGGAUUUCACGAAUUUCUCGACUUUAGAAGAAUGCCGGCCCCAUUUUCCGCGAAAAGAAUUAAAGAAUCAGAAAACCCAUCUCAAAAAACCGGCUCAAUCUUAUUUUCUGAAGUUGCUGAUUCUAAAAGUGAUGCAAGAUUGUUUUCUAAAAUUGCCGAAGAUUACCACAGUUCGAUCCUGCCCGGACUGCCUGAUGAUGUGUCGAAGCAAUGCCUCUCUCUAGUUCCUCGUUCCAAUUUUCCCGCCAUGGGUGCAGUGUCCAAACGGUGGAGGUCAUAUAUCAAGAGCAAAGAGUUUGUGACUGUUAGGAAACUAGCUGGAGUGGUUGAGGAAUGGCUGUACGUACUGACGGUGGAUGAUGAAGGAAAAGAAAGCCACUGGGAGGUUCUAGAUUGUUCUGGAAACAAACGCUGUCGGCUUUUGCCUAUGCCUGGCCCUGUUAAAGCCGGGUUUGGCGUCGUUGUUCUCAACGGGAAGCUACUGGUUAUUGCUGGAUAUUCUGUUGUUGAUGGAACGGGUUCCGUUUCGGCCGAUGUUUACCAAUACGAUCCUUGCCUCAACAGCUGGAGCAAAUUAGCCAGCAUGAAUGUGGCCCGAUACGACUUUGCAUGCGCUGAGGUGGACGGCAUGGUCUACGCAGUCGGAGGAUGUGGGGCCGACGGAGAAUCCCUGUCGUGCGCCGAGGUGUACGACCCAGAUUCCGACAGGUGGACGGCAAUCGAGAGCCUCCGCCGCCCGAGGUGGGGCUGCUUCGCCUGCAGCUUCCAGGGGAAGCUCUACGUAAUGGGCGGCAGGUCGACCUUCAGCAUCGGCAACUCCCGUUUCGUGGACGUGUACAGCCCGAAGAGCCGGUCAUGGGCCCCGCAGAUGAAGAACGGGUGCGUCAUGGUCACCGCCCACGCGGUGGUCGGCGGGCGGCUCUGCUGCAUGGAGUGGAAGAACGAGCGGAGGCUGGCGAUUUUCAAUCCGUCGGAUAAUUCUUGGAAGAUGGUGCCGAUCCCGGUUAACGGGAGCUCGAGUAUCGGGUUUCGGUUUGGAAUAUUGAAGGGGAAGCUUCUGCUGUUCUCGGUGCAGGCGGACCCCAGUUAUCGAACUCUGGUGUACGAUCCGGAAGCUGCACCUGGAUCGGAGUGGGGGGUUUCGGAAAUAAAGCCUUCGGGUUCGUUUUUGUGCAGUGUCACAAUUGCGGCAUGACACACACUGAGUGUGUGUGUGUGUGUGUGUUUGGACAUUUUCAUCUGAUCUGACUGUGUAUUUGUUGUUGUUGUUGUUGUUGUUCCUGUUUUGUGUGUGCUCUCAUUUAAUUUAUGAAAGGAUUCAAUGUCUGAAUAAUGGGGAAAAUGUUGUACUUUUUGUGUUUAUGGGAUGUCUGUUUAUACAUAUGUAUAUUGUGGGAAAUAGAUGUGGAUUGAGGCCAUGAGUUUGUACAGCUGUCCCACACUUUGGCUCUCAAUUUGUACACAAUCAUCUUCCAUCAAAUGGUGGGACUGUAAAUAAAAUAGUGGGACUGUAAAUAAAUGUCUUUGUUCCAGUUAUCUGCA